UAUGUAUAUCCCUUCUAUAAGGAAGAAGGGACUUUUACUGAAUGGGCGAUCCGCUUUGACAAAACCUCUGAACCUCACCAUUGGACGACGCUCGGACUAUACCUUUCUGGCUCUGACUCGGAGAACCCGCGUGCCCUUCUCCUUUCAGCCUGCGCGUCAUGCGCAACUGUAUGGGUCCCGUGCAGGGCUCGCGCUGGCGAGCGCCACUUAGGUCAAAGUCACAUUUUCUUCCUUAUUCUGAGCGUGCAGUAAAAGCCG